GGCGCGCCGCGGUCCUCGGUCCAGUGAGCGCCCUGCCACUGCAGCCAUGACGGUGGAGUUCGAGGAGUGCAUCAAGGACUCGCCGCGCUUCAGGGCCACCAUCGAUGAGGUAGAGACAGAUGUGGUCGAGAUUGAGGCCAAACUGGAUAAGCUGGUCAAGCUGUGCAGUGGCAUGAUCGAGGCCGGCAAGGCCUACGUCACCACCAACAGGCUCUUUGUGAGUGGUGUCCGUGACCUGUCCCAGCAGUGCCAAGGUGACACCGUCAUCUCGGAAUGUCUGCAGAGGUUUGGAGACAGCCUGCAGGAGAUGGUCAACUACCACACGAUCCUGUUUGACCAGGCCCAGAGGUCUGUGAGACAGCAGCUGCACAAUUUUGUCAAAGAGGAUGUACGGAAGUUCAAGGAGACGAAGAAGCAGUUUGAUAAGGUGCGGGAGGACAUGGAGCUCUCCUUGGUGCGGAAUGCUCAGGCCCCAAGGCAUCGGCCCCAUGAGGUGGAGGAGGCCACGGGUGCCCUCACCCUCACCCGGAAGUGCUUCCGCCACCUAGCCCUGGACUAUGUGCUCCAGAUUAAUGUCCUCCAGGCCAAGAAGAAGUUUGAGAUCUUGGAUUCUAUGCUGUCCUUCAUGCACGCCCAGCACAGCUUCUUCCAGCAGGGCUACAGCCUCCUGCACCAGCUGGACCCCUACAUGAAAAAGCUGGCAGCUGAGCUGGACCAGCUGGUGAUCGACUCUGCCGUGGAGAAGCGAGAGAUGGAGCGCAAGCACGCGGCUAUCCAGCAGCGGACACUACUGCAGGCAGAUAGAUGUCCACAGUGGUGCUGCUGCCCACAGGAUGCGCUGACCGUGGUGGUGGAUGACCUCCGCCUGUGCUCCGUGAAGCCCUGUGAGGACAUCGAGCGGAGGUUCUGCUUUGAGGUCGUGUCGCCCACCAAGAGCUGCAUGCUGCAGGCCGACUCGGAGAAGCUCAGGCAGGCCUGGGUGCAAGCUGUGCAGGCCAGCAUUGCCUCUGCCUACCGCGAGAGCCCAGACAGCUGCUACGGCGAGAGGCUGGACCGCACAGCAUCUCCAUCCACAAGCAGCAUCGAUUCUGCCACGGACUCUCGGGAACGCGGUGUCAAGGGUGAGAGUGUGCUGCAACGGGUACAGAGCGUGGCUGGCAAUGGCCAGUGUGGCGACUGUGGCCAGCCAGACCCCCGCUGGGCCAGCAUCAACCUUGGCGUGCUACUCUGCAUUGAGUGCUCAGGCAUCCACAGGAGUCUGGGUGUCCACUGCUCCAAGGUUCGGUCCCUGACGCUGGAUUCCUGGGAGCCAGAGCUACUGAAGCUGAUGUGUGAGCUUGGAAAUAGCACCAUGAACCAGAUCUAUGAGGCCCAGUAUGAGGGCCUGGGCAGCAGGAAGCCCACAGCCAGCAGCCCCAGGCAGGACAAGGAGGCCUGGAUCAAGGACAAAUACGUGGAAAAGAAGUUUCUGCGGAAGCCUCCAACAGCACUGGCCCGAGAUGCCCCAAGGCACUGGCGAGCACAGAAGCGCCAGCGCCCCCACAGCUCCCCCCGUGCUCCCACCACCCGCCGCAAGGUCCGGCUGGAACCUGUCCUUCCCUCAGUGGCUGCUCUGUCCUCAGCAGGCACCUUGGAGCGCAAGUUCCGCCGGGAUUCCCUCUUCUGUCCCGAUGAGCUGGACUCCCUCUUCUCCUACUUCGACGCAGGGGCUGCGGGGGCCGGUCCACGCAGUCUAAGCAGCGACAGUGGCCUGGGAGGCAGCUCUGAUGGCAGUUCAGACGUCCUGGCCUUUGGUGCGGGCUCAGUGGUGGACAGUGUCACUGAGGAAGAGGGUGCAGAGUCAGAGGAGUCCAGUGGUGAGGUAGAGGCCGAGGCCGAGGCCGAGACCGAGGCCUGGGGGUUGGCAGAUGUGCGUGAGCUGCAUCCUGGACUUCUGGCUCACCGCGCAGCGCGCACUCGCGACCUCCCCGCGCUGGCCGCAGCGUUGGCCCAUGGGGCGGAGGUAAACUGGGCCGACGCAGAGGACGAAGGCAAAACGCCGCUGGUGCAGGCCGUGCUAGGGGGUUCCUUGAUCAUCUGUGAAUUCCUUCUGCAAAACGGAGCAGACGUUAACCAAAGAGACAGCCGGGGCCGGGCGCCCCUGCACCACGCUACGCUCCUGGGCCGCACCGGCCAGGUCUGCCUGUUCCUGAAACGUGGAGCCGACCAGCACGCCUUGGACCAGGAGCAGCAGGACCCGCUGACCAUCGCCGUGCAGGCGGCCAACGCAGACAUCGUUACGCUGCUCCGUCUUGCGCGCAUGGCCGAGGAGAUGCGAGAGGCUGAGGCGGCCCCCGGCCAGCUGGGCCCCCUGGCGGGCAGCAGCCCGACCGAGCUGCAAUACCGCAGGUGCAUCCAGGAGUUCAUCAGUCUCCACCUGGAGGAGAGCUAGGGCUGCGCAGGCCGGGCAGCCGGGGGACCCCAGCCCUGCCCGGCCCGCCCGGCCCGGGACCCUGCAUGCCCUGAAAAUCCUGGUCCCCCACCCAGCCACAGCCCUGCCUGCGCAAGGCCCAUGGCCGACAUCCCGACAGCCCCAGAGCCCUGGUGCUCCUGGAGCCCCACGCGCCUGCUCAUCCCUCCUCCCGGCUACCCGUGGUCCCCCCUGGCCGGGAGUGAAGGACCCCAGCACUGAGUCUUGAAACCCCACGUUUUUUGGGGUGCUGCAUCUUCUGGUGCCCCUCACCCCACUUGGGGAAUCUCUGUCUUCAGGUGACCCCUUCUUCAGGGGCCUGGAUAGCUAACGUCACAAAUCACUCGAGGCCUGUGUUACCUUGUCCCUCUCUGCCCUCAGGGUCAGUGUCAUCUCUUGCCCCCACUUUUACUGCCGAGGAACACUGACCUGCUAGCUGGGUCCUUCUUACUCACCCCCCAGAGCCCCUCCUCUAGCCUGGGGCUGGUGGCUGGCCACCAGCACCUUCCCAGAGCAGGAGUGGCAGCCCAUCCAGGGAACCAACCCAAGUACCUCACUUAGUGACCCCAGUAUCAAGGCUGGGCUUUUGCAGGUGCUGGGUGGGUGGGCUCUGGCCUGGGCUCUCUGCCUGGGACGGACGCAGGCGUCCCAAGGCCAUGUGGCUGGCCACGACCCUCCCUGCCUCCUCCAGGGAGACGCUUGCCCAGAGCCAGGCGUACACUAACCCCACUGGCACUUCCCACCACACCCACUGUUCUUUGUUACCCACUGAGUGGAUUUUCUACAACGGCCUUGUUCUGACUUUGUCUGCGUUUUUUUCUCUGGACUCUCAAGGACCACCCUGAUCCCAGCUCUGCCUGCUGCUGGGGGGAUGCCCCCAUAGUUCUGCCCUGCCCCUUCACUGGCCUCGCCCCUGGGACUGAGCCCUCUGAUGGGCCCAGGGGUCUUUUGCUAAUUUGGGGACCCACCAAUGCCUUCAAAUUCUCCUUUUGUAAAAGAGCCUCAGGACAGGCUGAGCCCCUCCACAACUGUGGGUUCUUGCUGGUCACUAUGCAAAUGCUGCCCAGGGAGGCUCCACCGGCAGCAAGGUGGGCACUGGACUGGGGCCCCGAUUCCCCUGCCUGCUGGCUGUGACCCUAAAGAGCAGAAUUAGCUCUUUCUUCCCUGCUUGAGCUUGCCCACCGCCCACCCUGCCACCUGCCACCCUUAGGCUGGCAGGAUCCCCCCCUCCCGUUCCAAUCACUCACGGUUAAUAAACCUCUGCCGCUUGCGCCCA